ACUGUCAUUUCACCCACUCCCUGUUUAUUACUUGUCUGCAGUGUCAUUACGAAAACAAGGCCCCCGCCCGAAGUCCCAGGCGUAGCCAACGGAUUAGUCCCGCAAAUAACAAUAUAAACCCUACACAGCAAGCAGCUUGCGGUAACCAUUUACUUUUCUCGCUGCUCACUUUUCUUUUUAAAUCUCUCUGUCUCUCGCAUAAUUAAUUAUAAAGACUUGGCUGCUGCUGCGUGCGUCAAGAUGCUCCGUGUCUGGCUGAAGCAGAGGGCUGUGCGAGCGCCAUGGACGGGAUCCAUUCUGGCUGGCAACGAGCUCGCUCGAGUCAAGCUCGAUUUUGAUCCUCCGUUUUGAUCGGCAGCUUAAAAUAGGGAAGGAGAGAGAGAGGAGAGGAAAAGAGAGGGAGAGACCCAAUGCAAAAUAAGAGUGAGACAGCAGAAACUCACCGGGGGGAGAGCGAGCGAGUUGGGAUUUGAAGCCGAGGAGGUUUUGAGGAUGCCGAGGUCGAGGCAGCAGAACCACCUCCGCCUCCUCCUCCUCCUCCUCCUCCAGCGCAGCCGUCUGCUGCUUCUUCCACGCUUCUACUUCCUUCUAAUGCUAUUCUCAUUGCCGUCUCUGGUUCCAGCUAAUCAGGAAGUCGCUGCGCUUUACCAGUGGAUCAACUCCUCUGCAGCCGCGCUGCCGGACUGGAACCCGGCCCAUGCCACGCCCUGCAAGUGGAGCCAUGUCACCUGCAACGCCGCAGGCUCUGUCUCGGCCGUCGCUAUCCAGUCGCUUCCCCUGGCCAUCUCCCUCCCUGCCGGCCUCUGCGCCGCGCUCCCCAGCCUCGCCGCCUUUGUUGUCUCCGACGCUAACCUCACCGGCGCCAUCCCGCCUGACUUCGGCGACUGCUCCUUCCUCGCUGUGCUAGACCUCAGCUCCAACUCCCUCUCCGGCGGCAUCCCUGCGGCCCUCGGCCGCCUCCCUUCGCUCUCCUCGCUCAUACUCAACUCCAAUCAGCUCUCUGGUUCCAUCCCGGAUGACCUCGGAGCUGCAGCGGAGCUACGUCACCUCAUACUCUUCGACAACCGGCUCUCCGGCCCCAUCCCAGUCGCCCUUGGCAAUCUCUCACUCCUCGAGACGUUCCGCGCCGGCGGCAACCGCGACCUCUCCGGGCCGAUUCCUGACUCCCUCUCUCUCUGCGCCAACCUCACCGUCCUCGGCCUCGCGGACACCAAGGUCUCUGGCCCCAUUCCGGCCUCGUUCGGACGGCUCGCCAACCUCCAAACCUUGUCCAUAUACACUACCAUGCUAUCCGGCUCCAUCCCGCCGGAGCUCGGGAACUGCUCUUCCCUCGUCAACCUCUAUCUCUACGAGAACUCGCUCUCCGGACCAUUGCCGGCGACGAUAGGACGGUUGUCGAAGCUCGAGCGGCUUCUCCUAUGGCAGAACGCGCUCUCCGGCCGCAUCCCGGAGGAUUUCGGCGGCCUUGCUUCCUUGCAGACCAUCGACAUUUCCAUCAACUCCAUCUCAGGCGCCAUCCCUACGUCUUUGGGUGCGCUCACCAACCUGGAGGAGCUCAUGCUGAGCGACAACAACAUCUCCGGCUCGAUCCCGCCUUCACUCGCCAACCUCACUUCGCUUACGCAGCUGCAACUCGACACCAACCAGAUCUCCGGUCUUAUCCCCGCCGGUCUGUCGGCGCUCAAGUCGCUCACCGUCUUCUUCGCCUGGGAGAACCAGCUGGAGGGCGCCAUUCCCCCCUCCUUCGCCUCGCUCUCCAACCUCCAGGCGCUUGACUUUUCACACAACCAUUUGACUGGACCCAUCCCUCCCGGCCUCUUCCUCCUCCCCAACCUCACCAAACUCCUGCUGCUCUCCAACGACAUCUCCGGCCCGAUACCAGCGGAGAUUGGCCAGUGCGCCUCCCUAAUCCGGCUCCGCCUUGGCAGCAACCGCAUUGCUGGCUUCAUCCCGGCGGAGAUCGGCGGGCUCAUGAACCUAGACUUCCUCGACCUCUCCGGCAACCGCCUCACGGGCCCUAUUCCGGCCUCCAUAGGCAACUGCUCUCAGCUCCAGAUGGCCGACCUCAGCAACAACACGCUCUCCGGCGCCAUCCCUGAUUCAUUGUCUUUGAUCACCAGGCUGCAGGUGCUCGACCUCUCGCUAAACCAGCUCACAGGGCAAAUUCCCGGUAGCUUCGGGAAGCUGGCUUCCAUGAGCAAGCUCAUGCUAUGUGGCAAUUCGCUCUCCGGCGCGAUACCUCCUUCGCUAGGCCAAUGCUCCAAUCUCGAAUUCAUUGACCUUAGCAGCAAUCAGCUCUCUGGCGGCAUCCCUCCCGAGAUCUGCCUCAUUGAAGGUCUUGACAUUGCCCUUAACCUGAGCAGGAAUGCGCUUACCGGAUCAAUCCCAGAGAAGAUUUCGGCGCUCAGCAAACUCUCGCUGCUCGACCUCUCCUACAACAUGCUGGACGGAAGUCUGACUCCGCUUGCUGGGCUAGAGAACUUGGUGACGCUGAACGUCUCCAACAACAACUUCACCGGCUACCUCCCCGAUACCAAGCUCUUCCGCCAACUCUCUGCUUCCGACCUCGCCGGCAAUCAAGGCCUCUGCACACACGGCGGAGACGUGUGCUUCGUGACGCUGGAUGCCAAUGGCCGGCCGAUUAUUAAGGCUGAAGCUGAGAGCAGAAGGAUGCACCAGUUGAAGUUGGCGAUAGCCUUGCUCGUCACUGCCACAGUGGCGAUGGUGGUUGGGAUGAUUGGAGUAAUACGGGUGAAGAGAAUUGGAGGCGGGAAGGGCGACGACGACGACACGGAGAUGGGCGGGGAGAUGUCUUGGCCGUGGCAAUUCACCCCCUUUCAAAAGCUCAACUUUUCCGUCGAACAGGUUGUGCGCAGUCUGGUGGACGCAAAUGUUAUCGGAAAAGGCUACUCCGGAGUGGUCUACCGCGUUCAAAUGGACAACGGAGAGGCGAUCGCCGUGAAGAAGCUCUGGCCGACUAGUGCCUCCUCGAUGGGGAAGAUGACGGCCAAGGAAGACUGCAACAGCAGCAGAGUACGGGACUCGUUCUCAGCGGAGGUGAGGACGCUGGGUUCAAUCCGGCACAAGAACAUCGUAAGGUUCCUCGGGUGCUGCUGGAACAAGAACACCAGGCUGCUAAUGUACGAUUACAUGGCCAACGGCAGCCUCGGGGAGCUGCUCCACGAACGCAGUGGCUUCUCGCUGGAGUGGGACUUGAGGUAUCAGAUCAUCCUGGGGGCAGCGCAAGGCCUGGCCUACCUCCAUCAUGACUGCGUACCACCGAUCGCUCACAGAGACAUUAAGGCCAACAACAUCCUGAUCGGGCUCGACUUCGAGGCCUACAUUGCUGAUUUCGGACUCGCGAAGCUCGUCGAGGAUGGAGACCCUGCUCGGUCUUCCAACACCGUCGCUGGCUCCUAUGGCUACAUUGCUCCUGAGUACGGUUACAUGAUGAAGAUAACCGAAAAGAGCGACGUCUACAGCUUUGGCGUGGUCGUGCUGGAGGUGCUGACGGGAAAGCAACCGAUCGAUCCGACGAUCCCUGACGGGCUUCACGUGGUGGACUGGGUGCGGAGGAAGAAGGGGAGCGUAGAGGUGAUCGACCCAGUCCUGAGAGGCCGGCCGGACCCAGAGGUGCAGGAAAUGCUGCAGGUGCUCGGCGUGGCACUGCUGUGCGUCAACGUUUCGCCGGACGAGCGGCCGACGAUGAAGGACGUGGCGGCUAUGAUUAAGGAGAUCCGACACGAGAGGGAGGAAUACGCCAAGGUUGACUUCCUCCUUAAGGGGUCGACAGCUCCGGCGGCGGCGGUGCAUGCCACGACGUCGACCUCGACUAGUACAGUGCUGUGCCACCAGGGUCAGAGCAACGGCAAUAACAGUAGUUUCUCUGGGUCCAGCAUCUGCUCUGCCGCCAGGGCGAAGUUCCCCUCGCAGUGAACACGUUCCAGUUCUCGUUUCAUUUUCCUUUUUUUUUGUUCAAUCACCUGUAAUUUGCUGCGUUUCUGUCUUUCGCUCUACAAAGCACGAACUUUGGGCCGGCAAUCUGGGAUGUAAAGAACAGGAUAAUUAUUUAUUUUGGUUCGUAGUGUAGUUAUAACUA